UCAAAAAGGCCCAACUUCACUCACACAUUUUUGUUUUACAACGUUGCUUCAGUUUAGCCAGUUAAACACAUGCCUGUUUUUUAAUGAAAUCUCAAGGAUAACGGAUAGCAGAAAACAGCAUACGUUCUCUCAAGGAUCUCAGAACUGAUGGCUUCCCAAAGCAAGAGCAAUGGAUUGAGCAACAAGGUGACCACAGUGGUGGCCACAAACGCCUAUGGAGGGGAUGUGAUGAGCGAGAUCAGCUACGCGGACGCCAAAGUUGUGGGCAACGGCAGCUUUGGCGUGGUCUUCCAGGCCAAAAUGGUGCCCAGCAACGAGGCGGUGGCCAUCAAGAAGGUCCUGCAGGAUCGCCGCUUCAAGAAUCGGGAACUGCAAAUCAUGCGCAAGUUGCGUCACGACAACAUCAUCACCCUCAAGUGGUUUUUCUAUUCGAGCGGCGAGAAGCGGGACGAGGUUUAUCUGAAUUUGGUGAUGGAAUAUCUACCGGAAACUCUUUACAAGGUGGAAAGGCAGUAUGCGAGGGCCAAGCAAACGUUGCCGGUUAAUUUUGUCCGGCUUUAUAUGUACCAGUUGCUCAGGAGCAUGGCUUACCUUCACAGCUUAGGAUUCUGCCACAGGGACAUCAAGCCGCAGAACAUGCUCCUCGAUUCGGAAACCGGCGUCUUGAAGCUCUGUGAUUUUGGCAGUGCCAAACAGCUGGUCUCCGGGGAACCCAAUGUCUCGUACAUUUGCUCCAGGUACUACCGUGCACCGGAGCUCAUUUUUGGAGCCACGGAUUACAACACUAAGAUCGAUAUCUGGAGCGCCGGCUGCGUGAUGGCGGAGCUUUUGCUUGGGCAGCUUAUUUUCCCAGGAGACUCUGGUGUCGACCAGAUCGUGGAGAUAGUGAAGGUCAUGGGCACUCCCACCUCCGAGCAGCUGCACGACAUGAACCCCCACUACAAGCAGUUCAAGUUGCCGCAACUGAAACCACAUCCUUGGGCCAAAGUGUUCCGAAUUCGGACCCCAGCGGAGGCUAUAGACCUGGUCUCCAAGAUGCUGAUAUACUCCCCUAAUGCGAGGGUUUCCCCCCUGAUGGGCUGCGCUCACCCCUUCUUCGACGAACUGCGUCAUGAUCCUCAGCAGCAGCUGCCCAAUGGAAGGAGUCUGCCGCCGUUGUUUAAUUUUACGGAAUACGAGAGGACUAUUGAGCCAGACACUAUGCCACUGCUGCAGCCGCGGACACAAGGAUCGUCUUCCACCAAGGAGCCAAGCAUGGGCCACCGGACUCGCAAUGCAGCCGGCGAAGAGAGUCCGCAGAAAAUGGGUGCCAUCGAAAAACAGCCACCUACAGGGCUUCCAAAGUCCCCGGAAACCUCGAGCAAAGUACUCGGAUCACCACCUGCCUUUUUUCGUCACGAUCUGGGAAACGGCGAUCACGUGGCCGUGGGAACAGUGCCAGUGGACUCCCAUUGCCUGGAUCAGGAUAACUCUGCGGAAAGCGAGGAGGCGAAUGAGGAUGCCGAGGAUGACUUAGACGAGGAUGCGGCGGACGAGAACGAGUUCGAUGACGACGACGACGACGAUGAUGGGCAGUUCAAUAGCGCCGAUAGCAAUAACAUCAGCGAUGACAUGGACGACGCCUCCGAUGACGAGGGCCUCGAGGAGGAGGGGUGCGACUAAGUCUUCCUUACAAACGGGUAUUAUUAUAUUUUAUAUUUGGGAGCCCGUCCUUCAGAGACUCCACAAUCGGACAGCCGUUAGUAAGAUGUUAUCCCACGUAAGACAUAAGCCAGCAAAAUUCUAAAACAAGCAAUAAAUGUUCAAAAAUUGGUCGUUUUUACAUUAA